AUGCAAGAGGAAAGAAGACUGCGAGCCCGUGUCAACCGUCAGGAAAAGGCUGCUGUUUUGAUUCAGGCAUUCUUCAGAGGUGUCCAUUCACGUCGCCAAACUGAUGCUAUUCUCAGUGAAAGGUUUGAAUUCUUAUCUGAAGAAGUUUUGUCUAUGCCUGGUGACGGCUCUGACGAUGUCUCGUGCAUCCAGUCUGUGUGCAUGUGUCUGCGAACCUUUACGUUCAUUUCCAAAAGGCGUAUUUCCGAUAACUUGGUUGCAAAAGUCGCCCAAGUGCUUCUUACCCCAACCUGUACGUCUCUCUAUUCCUCCUGGCUGGCUCAAGGUGAUACUCAAAAUUUGAACACAAUCACUCGCGUAAUCAACCACUUUCUUUCGUUUCUUAAAGGUGUCCCACCAUCAUCCUCUCCACAUAAUUAUUCACCGCUAAUGGCUGUAUUGAAGCAAUACUUGGUCAAACAGAGGUUGUCAUGCGCAGGUCAAGCGUUGAAUCAUCUCGACCGUCUCUUCCUUACUGUCUGCGAAGUGGGCCACUACUUUUCUUCCAUUGCUGCUUUUGUCGACCACCAAUCCUGCAUGCCGGAGCAUGAACAUUCCUUCGACGAGUACAUUCGUCUGCCACAAAAUCGGGAUUUUCUUUACCUCAUUCGAGCGCCUUUUAGCGUAUAUCUUUCAUCUAAAGAUGCUUUAAAUCCUCAAAUGGCUCAAAAAUUGACAGCCGUCGCGGUGGCAGAUGUAGCUGAUGCAGCUCGACAGCAGGAUGCUCGAUUGGAUCUCUCUGCUGGAUACAAGCUUUCUCGAUUUAUUUUCCCACUUAUGGCUGUCACCAUUCCCUUCAAUUUGCUUGUCACCUAUCUCCACGCUUGUAUUGAUGGAAGUAGUGAUGGUAGUAUUGAAAUGCUCGUUGAGAGUAACUCCCAACCCUCCUUGGACCUCCUCUUUGCCUUUCUGUCUGGGCCUUUGCCGCGUUUUCUGCAAGAAUGGCGCUCUGGUUCCGGUACCCUAGCCAUUCAGGUUAUCCGCAUCCUAACCUGGAUGUUCUCAUCCCUGAUUGCAUCCAGAUGCCCUGCUGAUGGUAGCACAACCGUCUUCUCACCUCCCUUCUCUCCUCUCCCCCUUUCCGCCGAAGCUCAGUCUCUCACGGAAGACGUGAGUUUGAGCACUGACAGCGAAACUGAUACCGUCGUCAUGACACCAUUGGCGUCGGUUGAGUCUCGGUCAUCCAAUUCGCCUAGGAAGCAAGGGGAAUCUGAUGGGACUCCAUCGCGGUUUACUGAUAACUGGCCGGGCCAAACCGCCGAUGUGUUCUAUCAGCUUCAGAAGUGCCUCCCACACUUGGCUCAAGCGGUCCUGAACGACAGUUACGGAACAGUCUUGGAACCCUUAAAUGGUGGGAACUCCAAAGACGUGGUUGAUUGCCUUCCUGUCCUCUACAGUAUGCUCGCCUUCUUUCGGCCCAUUGCUCCGCGACCCAUGCGUAUUUUAACUUCUUCGGUGGCCAAACCACCGCAGUUUCUGCAUGAGCUGUGGGCAACGGCAAUUAAGAUGCCCACUGACGAUGGUAAAUACAAACUCUUUGACAUCGUGGCAUCGGGAAUAAUGCCGGAAAUACCAAAGACAAUGGACAAGUUCACGGGUGUCCUAUUGACCUUCCUAAACAGUCUCAAUCAUCGACUCAUCUUUCUAACCGACGCAGAAGUGAGUGCCGAACCAACCGAUAUCAGUGGUCUUAACAUCUACGGCUUCGAUCCCUCUGAACUCCUCGUCGUGGGACUGCGUCUGCGUGAUCUUAUGCUUGGUCUCAUUGAUCUCCUCUACCCUCUUCGGCCCCCAGCACGGGCUCGACCGGGUGGCAUCUACGUUCCUGUGACUCUGCGCGAAGUCAUCGAGCGUGUGGAGUUGCAGCGUAUGUCUGAAAAGGGUCCCUCUGCGUCUGGUUCGUCUACUACUGCUGCCAUUAGCGCUUCAGGUGAACUGACAGACGAUGAAGAGGAGCGUCUUCGGUGGUGUCUGCACCGCUGGCGAACGCUCUUUCUGGCCGCCCAAAAGGUGGUAGCUCAGAUAUACGGUUGGCAUCGCAGGCAACAACACCAGGAGGACUGGGCUCUGAGCCUCGAGACUGCGGGAAACGUUGAAAGUUCCGAGUGGCUACGUCCCGAGGUUGUGCCUGACUUCAACAACAAGCGCACUGCCACUUGGAUGGUGGAGCGAUAUUUGGAGUUGCGAGACAAGAAUCUGACUAGGGCGCAGUUGGGAUACUUUAGCUGUCUCAAUACCAAUCGGACUGAACAUAAGUUGACCGCUAUGACGUGUAUGGAUUGGCGCAAGAUGACGACCAUUCUUGAAGUGCCCUUCAUCUUUCCCUUCUGGGAUCGAGUUAAGCUUUUCGUCUCGAUGGUUCGUCAUUUCCGCCUUUCCAUUCAAGGCACGCCCGAGUUCAACUACAUGUCUGGAGGGGGCAGGACGCGAACCAUUAACAUGCAAAUUCGUCGCGACCAUGUCUACGAGGACGCUUUUACGUCUCUGUUUGGCAGUCAAGUGUCCUCCUUUCAUCCUCGCUUCAUGGUGACCUUCUACAAUGAGGCGGGAACGAUGGAAAUGGGCAUCGAUGGUGGCGGUUUGUGUAGAGAGAUGCUGCUGGAGGUAAUACGUCAGGGCUUCGAUCCCUCUCGUGGUCUCUUCCUUUACAACGAUGACCAUGCUCUCUACCCUAACCCAGACGCGGGUGCAUUGAUGGAGGACCAUGAAGCACACUACGCUUUUCUCGGCGCCAUCCUUUCUAAGGCAAUCUAUGAGGGUAUGGUAGUGGACCUCCAAUUUGCGCCCUUCUUCCUGGCCAAAAUUGUCAGCCCCAGUAAAAGUCUCAGUGUCGACUUUAAUCAUCUACGCUCAUUGGAUCGGGAACUUUACAGGCAUGUUAUCGAACUCCUUCCAUUCCUGCAGUUGUGCAGACUGAAAUCUUAUGAAGGCGAUGUACGCGAUUUGGAGUUGGAUUUCACCAUCGUUCAGCAUAUCUACGGGAAGAACACUGUGGUUGAGUUGAAACCUGGUGGUGCCUCCAUCCCCGUGACGAAUGCCUCGCGAGUGGAGUACAUUAACCUGGUAGCCAAUUAUAAACUCAACAAGCAGAUUUUGCACCAGUCGAUGUCCUUCCUCUCGGGUAUGUCUAGUGUCAUCGACAUCAAGUGGUUGCAACUCUUUGAUGCCGACGAAUUGCAAAUUGUCAUCGCAGGAACACCCACUGAUAUUGAUGUGGACGAUUGGAUGCAGAACACGCAGUUUGUUGGAGACAUGACAGAUGAGCAAAACCAGCGGACGAUAAACCUCUUCUGGGCGUUUGUACGCGAUCUGGGGGAGGAUCAGAAACGCAAUCUCAUCCGUUUUGUAACGGCAUCUUCACGACCACCAAUGUUUGGCUUUGGGUUCCUCUAUCCACCAUUCACAAUUCAACUGAUCUCCGACACCAGCCACUAUCCUACCUCCAGCACGUGUAUGAACCUUCUAAAGCUACCCACCUAUCAGACGGAGGAUGAACUGAAGGAGAAGUUCCUUUACGUGAUCCAGUCGAAUGCCGGUUUCGAGUACAGCUAG